AAAAGCGCAAUAAUUGAAUAUCAUAAAUUUUAUCCUAAUACCAAUCCAAAUGAUAAUGAUGGAAGACUACUACAUUAUAUAUCUCUAUGUUUAUCUCAGGCUAGCUUAAUAGGAAGCCUUUUCGUGAUAUUCCAAACUCGUCGAAGAAUUAAACAAAAUACCAAUCUAUCGAUGGGAAUUCGAUUGCCAAUGUACAUAGCGAUCAAUAAUUCAUUAUCAUGUCUGUCUUACCUUGCGAAUGUUGUUGGGACUUUAAUUAUUGGUGUACCUUGGACUGGUCAAGCUUGUAUCAUCUAUGGUUUCUUUGAUGUAUUUAUGAUUUCGAUGAGUAUCACACUUGUAGCAUUGGUAACAAUUCGUACUUAUUUAAAAGUUAUAAAGAAUUUUUAUCUUGAUACUGGAAAAUAUGAUCAUAGGUGUUGGAGUUCUCCGGGUCAAUGGUCACUUGCAAUUUCAAUUUCUAGUCUAAUAUCUAUAACUGCUUUGUUAUGCAUAGUUUGUUACUCUCACAUAAUCUAUACAAUUAUAACAAUUCGGAGGCCUGAUGGAAAUGUUGGAAUUAAUGAUGUACAACAAAAAACUGCUACACGAAAGAUUUUGGCUUAUACUUUUAAUUACUUAAUUCAAUGGACGCCAACAUUACCAUUUAUUAUAGGAGUAGCCAGUGGAAAUGAUCCUUUAUGGGUUUAUUAUCUUUGUGUAUUAUCGAUUAAUAUUGGCGGUAUAGGAAAUGCUUUUCAAUACAUUUGUCAUGAAGGAUUUUUAUCAAACUCAAGGGCUUUGUCACACCAAAUUUCAAAUUCGAUUCCCAAUUUAAACACUUCGGAACAACUUUCGGAAACAAGUUAUAAUACAAAUAAUUCUGAAUUACCUAUUUUGAAAAAGGAAAAUAACUGCUGUACAAGUAUAACUUUUGGCAAUUUAUUGAAACAUGAAUCCAAAUUAGUAACUGUAUCUAAAAUAGAAAUUGAUAUUAUAACGAUAAGACUUCCCGAUAUAAUAUUAGAAUAG